AUGGCACGCAGGCCUUCCGGCGGCGUCGAGGCCCUCGCCUCGCGCCUUUCUUCUUUCCCAGGUUUGAAAUUUUUCUUUGCUGCCUUUCUCUUGCAUCUCGCCUCCGCGCGUCUCGCCGCAAACGCCUACGUACCUGGAAUCGCCCCAACGGACUACACAAGCGGCCAGAAGGUCGAUGUUCAGAUCGCGUCCUUCCAGUCCGUGCAGGGUGUGCUGCCCGUGGAUCCUUAUCAAGCGAACUCACCCUUCUGCCGGCCUGAAAAAAUCGAAGUCGAAGAGCACAAUCUUGGGCAAAUCUUGCUCGCAGAUCGAGUGAAAAACACCCCCUACGAGUUGAAUUUCCUUCAGAACGCGUCCUGCAAGCUUUUGUGCAAAGACCGCGUUCUCGGAGAGUCGCAGCGAUCCUUCCUCGAGCGCCUCAUCAAAGACAACUACCAGUACCAGCUAAUCGUCGACCAGCUGUACGCCCUCCUGAGGCACUACCGUGCCGACGGCAGCAGCGCCUUCACCUUCGGGACGCCCGUCGGCUUCCGCAAGGGAGACGACAUCUACGUCCACAACCACUUCCGCAUGCUUCUCUACUAUCACUCAAACAAGGGAAGCGACGGACAAGAGAUUCACUGCAUUGUCGGCUUCGAAAUCGUGCCCUACAGCAUCAAGCACGUGACGACUGCUGACGGCCGCGUCCUGUGCGCGCCGGAGUCGCCUGCGAAGGCUGAGGAGGGCGAGCCGAGCGGGACGGCGGAUGCGAGCGUCGUGCCCAAUGCGCUCUCUGAGGAGGGGUUCGUUCUGGGCAAGGGCGACUCGAUCGCCUUCACUUAUGACGUUAUCUGGCAGCACAGCAACACGCCUUGGACUCACCGGUGGGAUGCGUACCUGAAGAACGCGCGCGACAACCCGAUUAUCCACUGGUUUUCGAUCGUCAACAGCCUCGUCGUCGUCCUUCUUCUCACGGGCAUCGUCGCCAUGAUCCUGCUUCGCGUCCUCUAUCGAGACAUCGCGAAAUACAAUGAACUCCUCGUCGAUGAAGAAGAGGCCGAAGAAACAGGCUGGAAACUCCUCCACGGCGACGUCUUCCGGAAACCCGCCCACUCGACGGUGCUCGCUGCGCUCGCGGGCUCCGGCGUCCAGCUUGUCGGCAUGGCCUUCGUCACGGUCAUCUUCGCGGGCUUGGGUGUCUUCUCGCCCUCCUACCGAGGCAGCCUUCUGCAGACAAUGCUUCUCCUGUGGACCUUCAUGGGCGCAGCGGCGGGAUACACUUCCGCGCGCCUGUACAAAAUGUUCAAGUCCACGAACUGGAAAAUGACAACCAUUCGCACAGCCCUCGUCUUCCCUGGGGUUGUCUUCGCCGUCUUCUUCUUGCUGAACCUCGUUCUGUGGAUGCAACGCUCAAGCGCUGCCGUGAGUUUCUCGGCCCUUGUCUUCCUGCUCUUGCUCUGGUUCGGCAUCAGCACGCCGCUUGUCUUCCUGGGAGCGUACUUUGGCUUCAAGCAACAACCCAUCUCCCUGCCCGUCCGCAUCAACAAGAUUCCUCGACAGAUUCCUCAACAGCCUUGGUUUAUGCAGCCAGCUCUUUGCUGCAUUGUGGGUGGAGCGCUGCCUUUCGGCGCCAUGUUCACGGAAUUGUUCUUCCUCUUUUCCUCAAUCUGGCAGCAUCGUUUCUACUAUCUCUUCGGCUUCCUGUUUCUGGUGCUUGUCAUCCUCUGCGUUACCUGCGCCGAAAUCUCCAUAACCUUUGUAUACUUCCAGCUUGUGUGCGAAGAUUAUCUCUGGUGGUGGAGGUCGUUCUUCUGUAGCGCAUCGAGCGGGUUCUACGUUCUGCUUUACGCGGUCUAUUAUUAUCACUCUCGACUCAAGCUCACUCAUGCUACUGGCGCACUCAUCUAUUUCGGCUACUCAUUCAUUAUGGCGUACGCCUGCUUCAUUCUCACGGGUGCCAUCGGCUUUAUCGCGUCUUUCUUCUUCUUGCGGAAGAUCUACGGCUCCAUCAAAGUGGACUGA